AAAACAAUCUUUUAUCCUCCUGACCGGGCGGCUUUUUGGAUAUCCUGGGUAGUGGUGGUGGCGGCGUUGGUGGAAAACUUUACAUGUAGACUAGAAUAGAAGUUUAAAAGACACAGAUAACACCUAUUAACUCGCGAUAAAUGUAUCUAAUGCCAGCAAUUUGCACUAAAUUCUAUAGAAAGCUGGUUUUCUUUCUUUAGUCUCCAUCUGAAUAUGGAUUCCAGAUAUAUUUUGGAGAAGUCGCCGGUUGGGGCAAGGGUAGGUGGUGCAGAUUUUAACUGCCGGGCAGGACGCUCCGUGCUCCGCGACACUCGGGUCCCCACGGUGGAGAAAAACGGUCCCACGCCGGCGUACACAACAAACGGGCCCGUACUCUACAAAUUUGUAAUGGACGGCGGCUCGGCGGCGGAAGUUAAAGGCGAGCAAACCUCUUCAAAAGGGAACGGACUUUCUCCGGCUGGUCGAAUAUCGCACGACAUGGAAAAAACUGGCCUGGGGGACCAAAAAGACACCGGUUCCACUGGGAUCCUGAAGAGGGCCAGUCCUACUCACUGCCCAGGCAUAAACGGGCAGUUGCCAGGCGGCUUCAUGCACUUGGACAUCAGGAACCCAGGGAAACAGGCAGAGCUGGCCAAUAACUUCAGAGCAGCGCAAGGGCGGAACGUACCGACAGAGGGACAGCCCCUCCCUUCCUCCCACAUCCCUGUCCCCAGAAACAGGAAGCCCUCAGGUCAUGCUGAUAAGGAGGUGAUGGCUGCCACCGUCCUGACCUCACUGUCCACAUCCCCUUUGGUGCUCUACCCUUCCUCUGAAACCACAGUACCAGAGCCAGCCAACAGGGCUUGGAAAGAGGUGCUGUCAGCCAGCUACAGCAGUUCGACCAGCGGCAACUGGAGCUGGGAUGCCAGCGACCAAUCAGUGCCCUCCACACCGUCCCCACCGCUUUCCAACGAUACCAACAAAAACUUCCUGCUCUCGUCCCAGGGUGAUUACGUCAGUGAGGAUGUCACAGAGAGCACGCACUUCAUGUUUGAGGACCCCAUACCUCGGAAGCGAAAGAACUCCAUGAAGGUGAUGUUCAAGUGUUUGUGGAAGAACUGUGAAAAGGUCCUCAGCACCUCCUCAGGGAUCCAGCGACACAUCCGCAUCGUCCACCUGGGCCGAAAUAGCGACUCGGACUACAGUGAUGGAGAGGAGGACUUUUACUACUCAGAGAUCGAGGUCAACGUGGACAGCCUAACAGAGGGCUUGUCCAGCCUCACGCCCACCUCCCCCACCACUGCCGGCCCUCCGCCCGUCUUCCCUCCGCCGCUCACCGAUGUCCCUCACUCUGAACAUAUCAAUAUGAACAGUUCGCAGAGCCACGCCCCAACACUGCUCAGUCAGUCAGCUCCCUCCACGCUCUGCCACAUCCGCACGGACCACGCCUACCAGGCCACUGCUCCAGUGAGUAUCCCAGUGGGUCCUGAGCUGGCUGGUUUAGGCAGUGGUAAUGGAACCGGUCCUGGAAUUGGGACUGGGAAUGGCAUCAGUGUGUCGUGGCAGUCCCCUCCUGUCAUUUUCAAAGGCGUCCCGGGGCCUGUGACUCAUGUCCGGACAGUUAGCAUCGGUGAAAAGCGGCAGCCGGCAGCCGGCACACACGCAACUGUUAACAAGAACCAUGCUUUAAUAAUGCCGGCACCUAAAUCAACACCAGGAACCAGGAAACCCCGUGGGGAGGCGAAGAAGUGCCGAAAGGUGUACGGCAUGGAGAAGAGAGACAUGUGGUGCACAGCCUGUCGCUGGAAAAAAGCCUGUCAGAGAUUCACCGACUAAUCCAGUCCCCUUCCUGUGUCAAUGAGAUGAGCUCCUCCUCACUCGGAGCGACAGCUAGGUGGACUCUUCCACCGAGGAGACGGGGGAGAACUCGUCACGAUGGAGCUCUCAGUGCUGCUUCCUCAAGCCCAGCAAGGGGUUCACCUUCUCUCUUUUCCGUUUCCAAAUACAAAGAGAAAAUAAAACUUGUGGGUAAAAACAAACAAAAUAUAAAAAAAAUCAGCAAGAAAAAAGAACUUUAUGCAGAUUUGGAGACUUUUUCUUAGACUGAAGCAUUUUCACUCUGUUUGAUGAAUGAGGAAAAAAGAAACUAAAUUGUAUUCUGAACCUUCUGAUUUGAUCUUUUGUUUUUUACGGCCUCAACUCAAGGCAAUGUUUAAAGACUACAGAUAAGCUUUUUGGUAUACUCUGUUGUUCAUUAUCAUCACGUAAGCUACUGUUUAUGGGGUGGAUCAUGACUCCUUUUGGAAGUUCAAGGGUUAACAGCAGAUUUGCUCAGCAAGACCUCUGUAGCAUAUCAGCAUAUAUUUUUUCAUUGUCACUUUUUAAGGGACUUCAAACCUACCAAAGGCAAAAAGCCUGUUCGCUUAAUCCCGAAUCUAGCAUUACUGUCUUCUGCAGCCUUACUGGAUAUUGACUGUUGUUUAAGUACCUGUUCAUUAAGCAAAUUUAGCACAGCCAGCUAUUCUUCUUGUAAUUUUGCAUAGAUGCACAAAACCCUCACACCAAGUGGUACAAAAAGUUUCCCCUUGACUGUCCAAAAUAUUUUUGAGAGAUGUAAUAAUUCAUCCCUUUGGGGAAAUUCGUUUUUUGUUAAUUUGUUUACACACACACACACACACACACACACACACACACACACACACACACACACACACACACACACACAGAGAAACCGACACACAUGCAUCAAUGUGGAGAAAUGUCAAUGUCGGUGCUUUUUUUUAAGGGCACCUUGGCAGUACCCAGGAGGUGAACUGCCACAUCUCUAGCCACCAAUCCAGGCUCCAUAUUGCCUGGGUGCUGGAUUUUAACUAUGGCCAUCCUCCGGUUUCCAAACAAAGUCCCUACAGACUUACCUACUGAUAUCCUACAGACAUACACAAUAUAUGAAAUAUCUUGCCCUUUCUUCUUCUCUAUAUUUGUACCCUAGCGAUAUGCACCUUGAAGAAAUAAGUCUUUUAGAGUAUCUGAGAGAGUGGAUAUCUAUUUCUUAUCUAGAGUUUAUUUUCAGCAAUGACUUGCUGAAGCAACUAGCAGUUGCACUGUGCAAUCAGCGGAAUCUUUUGCUUUGUGGUCGUAAUUGUUAUUAAGGUGAGUUGAGGGGAAAAAAAGCCUCCGUUCUUCCUCUGACAGCUGAUUUGCUUAAAGAGAUUGUUAUCCACAAUGAAUUAUACAUGAAUGAUAACUGCCCUUUGAAACUUUAACUUACAGUCUGAUGUAAUUUGUAUAUGUAGGAGAAUAACAAUCACUACCUGAUAACAAGUCAGGCAUUUUAUCCAUUUCUUACAGAGGUUACCCAAUUUAGUAUUUGGAAUAACUAUCAUUAACCAGCAUUGUGACAUUUGUAGAUACCAGGAACCAAGCACUUUUUUUCUACGUUUUUAGUAGAUGUUGUGUUUAAUCCUUUGAAAUGAUCUUUUUCUCUGUUCUAACAUUUGACAAUGAAAAGUGCGAAUCAAAUCAAGUCAGUGCAGAGCGGCAGUCUACCGUUUGUUGCCGGCUGUGUGAGCAAAAUGUUUCACCAAAGUAGAGUUUUACUUUUUAGAAUAGGUCUGUUUAUGAAGGCCUACUUUUUCCAAGCUUUAGAUAGGUGAUAGAAAUUGUGAUGUUUGAUAUAUCUCUUUCAUCUAUAUUUAAAAAAUAAUAAUAAUUCAGCAAUAUUGGUCAGUCUAACAAUAAUAAUUAUGACUAAUAAUUUUAAAGCCCAUUUUGGUUUGUAUUUCUAUUAAUUAAUUAACUUUUUUUUUUCUUUUAAAAACGUUUGAAGAGAUACAGACAAAUAUAGUCAAAUACUUGUAGUAAUUCCUGCUUUAAGAGAUCCCAGAUUCGCUGAUAACUUGCUUUCCAUAAACCAUAGUUGAGUUCAUUUAUUUAUUUGCACAGCACAACUUCAUAAAUUUCCCUCAAAGGGCUUCACAAUCUGUACAUGUGAACACCCUCUACCCUUAGACCCUCGAUUCAGCUAGUGAAAAACUCCACACACAAUAAAAAAAAACCCUUGAACAGGUAUUUUUCUAAUCUGCUCUCAGAGGCCGAGUCAUGACAGUAGAUGUAUAUUUUUGAAAAGAUUCACUCUUGUGCUGUCUGUUAGCAGCUUUUUGAAUGUAGAUUCUGCUGUGUGUCCUCUGCUUUCUAAGCGCUCCUGACACUGACUUGACCUGAUCACCAUAGCAACGUAUGACAAACACACACACACACACACACACACACACACAGUGCCUUUCCUCUCCUGUAUGAGCAGGCUGUCGAGCAGACUCCUUGACUGAGGUACAGUACGACUUCAGACCUCUGUCGCCAUAGAAACACCUGUGCAGUCCCCCCGUCGCCACAGGGUCACUCGUUCUGUCUGCUGUCUACUAAUAUACCACGUUAAGGGCGACCAGUUGUGGCUUCAAGCAGAUCAUUGACUGUUAAUUGGUGGCUUGAAGUGAAAUAUAUUAAGCACACAUUUUAGCUGUAAUAGUAGUUAAUAAUCUCUCAUUCAGUUCACGUUAAAAAACACCAUUUUGUUUUGAAAAUGAGUGAUCCUGCCUGUAAAUCGUAUAUUAAAGUGGCAUCCCAGAUAAGCUAGGUCUCCCUCCUCUCAGCUUGUGAGAGAGGUUUGCAGGCCUCUUCCGGUCAGAAACUUCACAAAGUGCCAAUUAAAAGAACAUAAAAAAGGAAAAGGUAUACUGACCUAAUUAAAUUGCACUACGCUGCACUGCGCAAAGACAUGUUUUUAUACAUGGACAUUUUAUAUACACAAAUUUUGAAGUGAAAGGAUUUUCUUUUUUUCGUGGGCGUGGGAGGGUUGUCGUCACUGCCCGAUGGAAUUAAUGGGGUGUCAGGGAUAGGGGUUCUGUACCUCUGGGUUCCCCAUUCUUAGCAAGUAAUCUUGACAGUUAAUGUCUUGCUCUUUGUGUCAGAUUUAUUGUACUAAACAUAGUGGUGCUGGCCGUUUUAGAAGUGUGGUACUGGGAAGUACAGUGUGGUACUUAGGUAGUCACUUUGCCUUUCCUUGGAGGAGUGCCAAGGGCCGAAAGCAGCACCUACCUUGUCUCGGUGAUGGGAAAACAUCGGUCUCAGUCAGUGGCUACACAUUAUCGUCUUGAUAACAGAUGCUUUUACAGUGUUUUAUUCCCUGGAGUUGUUUUUUUUUCACAAUACUCACAGACUUUUUAUCCGUAAAGCUCAUCUUUGUGCUUCCUUUACUCAAAUAAAAACAGGUUCCUGCUUAUAUACAUUUUACUGAGCUAAGGUAGUAACUGUGUAGAUACUGUUAUUAGUGCUGGAUACCACUUUUAAUCCUGUAAUCUCUGGUUCGGUCCUUUGAUGGAGUGUCAAAUGCAACCCAUCAGGUCUCUCUCCAUCCUCAGUGUAAGCACUUUUAGGUUCCACCAGCAGGGUUAGAGGCUGAUGCUUUUGCUGGUAGUGAAUGGGAAUGUUAGCGUGUGUUAAGCUAACAGGUUAACUGCGAUUGCUGGCCACUAUUCCAUCUUUUUUUUUUUUUUAGUUGCACUAUACUGGCCCUGUGAUGAUCAAGGCCCAUGUCGUAUCAUUAAAGUGUGAGUGCGGCCAUUAUUCGGGUCAUUCUGGCCAGACAGAACUGUGGGUACAAAGUUGCUCUUGUGCACAGAUCUUGGACAAGAGGACUUUAUUGGUAAAUGUUUGAAAAAGUAGAUCAAUAAUUACAACUGUCACUUAGACAAUGACAGAUGGAGAUUGAAGUUGACCGUUAAUGGGCGUGCAGGGAAUUUUUUUAGGGAGAUUUACAGUCGAUGGAAAACAGACACAAAACAAGCAGUGACGAUAUAGAUGGAUUUGCAUUUUCAGGGCUUUCUUGUACAUAUGCAACAUAAAGAGAACCGUGACGCUUUUUUCAUAUAUUGUUGUUGUUGUUUUCUUUGUUUAUUGUAUCUUGUUAUAUGAAAAGUAAACUUUUUUUUUUACAGUAUAGUUGCUAAGAAUGUUUUCUUUCUUAAAAAAAAAAAAAAGUCAAUUGAGAAGCUAUAGUGAACAUAACACGUAAAGAUUCAAUGUAUAUUGUAGCUUAGAGGCAAAGGGGAGAAAAACAAAUGAAUGUAAAACCUACAAAAAUAUGUUUUUCUUUUUUUUUCAAUGUGUGUUAUAUUUGCUGGCUAGUUUGUACUGCCUGUAGUGAACCUUUAGAGCGUCCUGAUUUUGGUAUUCAAACCUUUUAACACCCACAUACAGCUGUCGCCACACUGCUAAGUCAUAUCAAAUAACACAACCAUGCAGUAUUGCUUUACUAUCUUACGUUGUGCAAUGAGACGCUUUAUAAUGGAACAAGAACUAACUUGAGCUCUUAGUGACAUCUGGGCUACUCGCUCACACUGUUGCUGUUCGUCUUUUGUCUUUCUCCCUGCCAAAAUAGUCAAUUUUCUGAAUAUGUGUGGAUAUUGUUGUCGUGGAUGAUGUUUGUGGUUGUGAUGUUAAGUUGUUGUAAGGCAGGAUAACCUUCGACCUUUGGUCACAAUGAAAAUUUUAACCUUGUGGGAAUUUUUAUCCUGACCUGCACAUUCCAACGCUUUUAGUGUCUUCCACUUGUUCCCUAAUAGACAUAUCCUUCCCAUUUCCUUUUCACUACAGUGAUUCUUCCCUGAUCACCUUGUCCUUUUCCAUUUCCUGUUCUUGUGCUAUCCAGCUUUACUGUGGUCCCACCCAAGCCUUUACCCAGUAUAUUAAGCUAAACUAAACCCUUGAAAUGUGCAUCGAAAAAGCCUUCAUUUUUUUUUCCACAUUUGUCAAAAUUUUUGUGCUGCUUUCUUGAAUGUCAGUUUUCAUAUGUGUUUAAACCAGCAGCAGCAAAGCCAAUAGAUCUCCUUCCAAAUCAAGUGUAAUGUAAUGCAUUGCAAUGGCAGCUCCACUCAAUUCUCUGCUUCUUCUACUGUGCUCUUAUUGUUUGUCCAGGCUUUUACCCUCUGUCAGAUUUGACCAUUUCUUUCUCCUGUUUUGUUUUUACUGAGCCUUACACUGGCUGGUGUGAAAACUGACUUUUGCUUUUUUUUUCUCAUUGAUUGAUUGAUUGAUUGAUUGAUUGUCUGGUUGAGUUUGAGGUUGUUUUGCAUGUCUAGCAUCGCUCAUUUUUUCCCCCUAUUUUUUGUUAGGAGAUACAACACUGAAGGGUUUUGUGUUAGAUUUCCCCUUUCAGUAACUGAUAACCCAAGGCUGAUGUAGUUUGUUUUCCUCUAAAUGUAAAACAUGCUCAUUGCAGCCUGACACACACACACACACACACACACACACACACACACACACACACACACACACAGCUGAAAGAAUUUUGAAGGAAACGUGACGUCAGCCUUGGGUCUUCACUGGAGGGCAAGAUUUCUUCUGUGCGUGGGCUCGACCUUUGGUCUUCAUCAGCAGUCCCACGCACAUGGAGGAAGCACUUUCUGAGGAGUGUGUGCACUCAAGGAGUAUUUGUGUGAAUGUCAAGCCUAUGACUAGUGCUUGAAAAGAUGGAUGACCAUGUAUGAUGCUGAUAAUGUGAUGUAUGUGAUGUAAUGUGAUGGAAAGAAAAUAAACCUGAAUGGAAGAA